GCGUAGAGACCGUUAGAAAGACGUGUGUGUGUGCGCCGCUCCGCACGACCUCAGCUCAGACGACUCGACAAAAACUCUAAAAAUACACGAAUUUCAAUACCGACGCAACUUUGUGGGAUCCACUAAGAUGUUCAGUGAUUUCUAAAACUCCAUGAGUCUCAAGUGUCGUUGCAUCGAAAAUGUGAAUCUGAUGAAAGUAGGGAGUGUGCUUUCUAAUAAUUAAUUUCGUACUGAGAUGUCGGCAAUUGUAUUUAUACAUAAACCUACAUGAAUUUUAGUGAGAAGGUAAUGCGAGGAAAGAACAGUACCAAGUUUUAUUUGGUGGUAGUGACACUAGCACUUGGGUAUGCGUCGGGUGAGAUCCAGUGUCGGCGCGGGGUCAGCUGGUGGGACCGCGAGCGUGGCGUCUGCGCCCCCUGCACACGAUGCGACCCAGCACGCCGCCUCGCCGUCAUGUACCCGUGCGAGUUGCACAGAGACACCAUUUGCCAGCCUUUUUACCAAAUACAAUUCUUCCCAUUCAAGACGAACACGAACUCGAACAGUAGUGACCCAAGUGCAUCCAGUGACAGUGAAUACGAAUACGUGGACUACGUGGACACUAGUGAAGUGAUAAAUGAAAGUGAGGACGAGGGCCGGUGGGACUUCCAGGUGUCCGGUGUAACGAUAGCGGCUAGUGGUUGUGUAGUUUUCUUUUUAGUGGUGCUUUACUUCUCGCUCACUCAUGCAAAGCAGUGGAAAGUGUUGAAGCAAACGCUCCAGUCAGACAUGCAAGAUCUGACUGCGAAGAUGAAACUGAUGGAGGCUGGCGGGGAGGCGAGUGAACCGGUUGCUGCAGACCACCACGUUUACUGCAACGUGCACGUCGGGAAAGACAUACUGCUGGGUCCAGCUGCUGUGAAAAAAGGAUUGGGCAACGUUUACACUCAAGAGAAACAUCCGCCAUUAUAAUCUCGAAAGUAGACGCCUCUAGCAAAGUACAAAUUGAAUUCUUCUAAAGAACCUCGCCUAUCACCGAGAGAUUUUAAUAAACGAUUAUAUUUUAUUUUGUUUAAAAAUAAAUAUUAACAGUAUUCUGAUGUUAAUUUCAUCUGCAUGGAAAAAAUCCUAUUCAAACUGCUAUCCUCUUUUCACCUCCCAAAUGAUGUUUUCUGUUAUAAAAACGAUAAAAGUUAUGAUCUUUCCCGGGACUCAAACUACAUCUAUACCAAAUUCAUCUAAAACGGUUUUGCAGUUUAAGCGUGAAGAGGUAAUAGAAAGACGCACUUUCUAUCCGCGUUAUAGUUAGUUUUUUGAGAGUCC